UGUACCAAGCGGGUCACGCAUGCGUCACGUCACGCUAGUUGUUUUCAAUCCAUUAGUUCGUCCGCCGAUAUUCAGUAAAAAAAAUUGGUAUCUAAAACUAGAUAUUUAAAGCGAACAAAGGAAGUGAUCUGUGUUUAUAAUAUCUGGUUUAAUUUAAGUUCAUUCUUUUGAAUACGUAAUUCCGCAAAUAUUUCAUCCUGAGUUUCAUUUGCAUUCCAUACUAAUUUAUUAAAGUAAAACAUUUUAACUUAUUUUCUUUGUAAAAUCUCUCAUCUCUAUAAAGGAGUUCAUAAUGUCGACCAAAAAGUCGGUUAUAUUGUCGUACGUGUUAUGGUUAUUUGUGGGCAUUUUUGGAGUCCAUCAUUUCUACUUGCGUAGAGAUAGGCAUGCAUUCGUUUGGUGGUCGACUCUUGGAGGUUUUGGUAUCGGCUGGUUGGGAGAAAUAUUUUGUAUCCCGCGUUAUGUGAAAGAAGCUAAUGAAGAUCCAAAUUACGUGAAGGAAUUGAUCAAGAAAAUGUCUCAGAACAAGAAGCCCCCAUUUUCUAUGAACCGCUUCACUGGAAUGCUCAUGAUUGGGUAUUUCUGGGGUCAAAUGAUGAUGGUUGCGGUUCCACCUGAUGAGUUUUGGGGUAUCCACUGCAAAUACCUAAACUGGCUUAUACCAUUUGUUACAGCCCUCGGUGUGUGGACAGUAGGUAAUAUAGGCAAAGAACAGGGUAGCUUGAAAUGGCCCUUAAUAAUGGCUUACGCAGUGUACCCGCUACGUUAUUUUGUCUACGACGAGAGCCUCUGGUUCACGACUAUGGUUUUGGCCUCGGCGUUGGCUUUCGACUCGUUUUCCAAGAAAUGGCGCAGGACACCACCGAAACGUACCCAUAUGGCUAGACGUGUUGCAGUAUUGGCUCUGUGUGCUGGCUUGUACCUAAGCCUCUGGGGGAGCUACUUGUACUACCACGGCACCAUAACCGACAGUGAGGGUGAUGAAGUACCCGUCUAUGAAGCUCUACAUCAUUUCUUUACUAGCCCCUGGUGGAUGGACGUGAAGCAGUGCCUCAUCGACACGUACCAGUACGCUCAGCAUCAUGGUUGGUACGAGGUGUGGAAGCAGAUCAUAGACCUUUCCGAUCCGCAUGGAGAACAGAACGCAUACAAGGUACUCGACUUAUCCCGUGAUGCGAGCCAACAGGAAAUCACAACUCGCUGGCGAAAACUGUCCCGCGAGAACCACCCGGACAAAGCAAAACCAGAAAAUCGCAGAGACGCCCAGGAACGGUUCAUGGAUAUCCAGCGCGCUUACGAGAUCCUCUCCAGCAGCAAGCACCGACGUUCAAGGCGUAACAAGAAGGACAACUCAUACGAGUAAACGCACGAUCCACAUGACUGUUCACCAUAUAAUCGAACUUAAGUGUUGACAGUCGGACCUUUCUCAGACGACUUCAAAUUUACUCAAACUCAUUAUUGACUCAUGUAUCAAGAUCUGCGCAGCUAUUUAUUAAGGACAAGUCUCGAUGCGAACCGCCGAGUGUCGAAACGAUCGUGAAAUGUCACCAAAUGAUAUGCGACAUUGACAAUAAUGUAUAAGACGUUUAUAAGACAAACGCAACAAAAUAACGUACCGCUGUCAGGCGGCUUUCGACAUUUCACGACUGGCGAUGAGUUCUUACCGAAUAGCAGCGCUGGACCGAAUAGAUGUGUGUGUUAGUUUUUAACUUCAUAUAUUUAUUGUCUAUGGCUUUUAACAUAUUAAGAUGUUACUACGACACUGUAUGAAAGACAGAAGUUAAUCGUUUCGUAGUAUUAGCGGAAUUUUAAAUAAAUAUAACGGAUAGUUUACCAAGUAGCCAACGCUUGUUAGUUUUUUAUUUGUAUAUUUCUAAAAAUCAAUUUAAUUGUAUAUUUCGGUAUGUCGUUACUGGUUUUAGUUUUGCAAAUGAAUUUAUUUAAAAUUUUAAAUAAUGACCGGGUUUAUUCUUUAUGUACAUAGAAGUAGUAUUGACGAUUAUCUUUUAUUUGCACUCUCUGAUUAUACGUCAAAAGCCCAACGGUAAACAGCCGGCCAUCGACAUGAGAGUACAGUUAUCUGUAACACACUGAGGAAUUUUCCCCUGAAAUUAAAUGGAAAUAGAAAAUAGGUGUACCAGUUUGUCUAGGAUCAGGCGCUGUUUGGAUUUAUAUUUUAUUUUUAUUUAUUUUGACAAAUAUAAAUUAUUAUAUUUAAAUAAUGUUACUUAAAGUUAAGUUAAGGCAAGCUAUCCGUAUUGGCGAUUGAGAGAAAGGUCGCACUUGUAUUAAUUCUUCGCAUUUAUUAUACCAAAUGUAAGUUAGGAUGUUGAGAACAUUUAGGUACUAGACUAACUUGCAUUAUUAUAGAGUAGUUAUAUUGUAGUGAUUUAUUGAAGUUUAUUAUAACUAUAAUGUAUUUUGUCUUUUUCCUGCAAAACUAGUACUCUGCCAUGAAUAAGGUGAAAAUGUUCUAGCUAAUAUAGACUUUCAAUAAAUAAAAAAAUUCGUAGAGUAAAGAAUAUAAAUUAUCUCAAUGUUAGGUAAUAACUAUUUAUUAUCUUUGUUAUUUUAAUUAUUUUUUAUACUUUAAAAUAAAUCUAUUUUUUGAAUCUCAAUUUUCGAAAUAUCUAUUUAUUGAUGUACUUAAUUAAUGAAAUUAGAAUGUUAUGUUCCAUGAGUAUACAGUUGUAUUCUUAUAUUUUUUUGAAGACUUUAUAAAUGCUCAAUUUACAGGUACAUAGAUACCCUAAGCAUAAAUUGAAUAUUAAUGUAUUAAUUUGUAUUAACCAUACUUAUUUCAUUUAACUUUUUGUAUUAAUAUAUUUUAUUCUAUUUUAUUAAAUAUUCUUUAAAAAUA